CAAAUACUGCAGGGGCACUCGAGAUUUUCCUGGGCCUUAACUGCCAUUUUUAGAUAUCCUUCAAAAAUGGCAUUUCCACAAAGAACCAUGAGACAUUCUAUCUCUCUGAUUUUGGCCACCCUGACAGCAUUGUCUGCCUCCGAAGUUAGGAAUGUAGCCCUUUCAGGAGAAGCCUACCAAUCCAGCACAUAUAAUCCCAUUGGAAUUGCUAGGAAUGCUAUUGAUGGUUCUUUGGAAGGUGACUUUUCGAAUGGUUCCUGCACCCACACAAAUAAUGAAAAUAAUCCAUGGUGGAUAGUAGAUCUGCUGGCAGAAUAUGAUGUAUUCUCGGUCAGUAUCACUAAUCGACAAGAUUGUUGUUCAUAUCGGAUAGAAGGAGCUGAAAUCCGGGUUGGGAAUUCCAUAGAAAAUGGAGGCACUACAAAUCCCAGAUGUGCUACAGUCAACGUUUUGGCCCUAGGGCAAACACAAAGAUUUCACUGUGAAGGUUUUCGUGGACAGUUUGUGACUGUUAACCAACCAAUGGGAGGAAUGCUCACACUUUGUGAAGUUCAGGUGUUUGGUCAGCUAACUGAGAUCUCUGAUGAUUUUGAAUCUGAGCGAAGCACAUCAUCCCAGCCACUGUUGGAACUUGACAAAGGAGAACAUUUCCAGAUGUCUGUCCCAAAUGUGGCUCCUAAGGGGAAGGUGUUCCAAUCCAGCACCUAUAAUGUACUUGGAGACCCAGAGAAUGCUGUUGAUGGCUCUAUAAUUGCUGAUUAUAUGCGUGGACACUGCACCCACACGGAGCAAGAAGUUCAACCGUGGUGGACCGUGGACUUGACAGCAGAGUUUCAAAUAUCCAGAGUUAGCAUCACAAAUCGAGAAGACUGCUGUGCAGAACGGUUAAAUGGGGCAGUAAUUCAUAUUGGGAAUUCUCCAGAAAAGGGAGGGAUCACAAAUCCAAGGUGUGCUACGAUCAGCUCAUUGGGGCAAGGGAAAACAGCUGUAUUUGACUGUGGAGAAAUGCAAGGGCAGUAUGUAACUGUGACCAUCCCAGGUGUACGGAUGCUCACGCUGUGUGAAGUCCAAGUGUUUGGCACAAAGGUCAUAUCCUCUGGCUUGGAUACUGCUAAUGAGACAGAGGCCAUGUCUGGAAGAAAGGAAGAAGCAGAAGUUACUUCAGCAAUUGCAAAAUGGACGAAACCAAGAAAACUGCCAAACCUAUGGGAAGACAGUCAGUCUUCUUUAGUUGUCCGCAAUGUGGCCAUUAAUGGACAGGCAUCCCAGUCCACCUCCUACAAUUCCCUAUCAUCCCCUGAACAUGCCAUCGAUGGGUCUACAGAUUCAAAUUUUUUACUUGGGCAUUGUACCCACACAAAGCUAUCCAACAAUCCAUGGUGGAUGGUGGACCUGAGGGGAAGAUUUCGAGUCCUCAGUAUUGUUGUCACUAACAGAGGAGAUUGCUGUGAGGAGCGGAUAAAAGGUGCUGAAAUUCGAAUCGGAGAUUCAAAAGCUAGAGGAGGCACUUCAAAUCCCAGGUGUGCCAUAAUCACCUCACUGGGUUUGGGUGAAACUGGGAAAUAUGAGUGUGACGAAAUGCCUGGACAAUAUGUGACUAUCACCAUCCCACAGAGAUUAGAAUAUCUUUCCUUGUGUGAAGUACAGGUUUAUGGUCAGCGGAUAAUUCCUCCAGUCCGCAAUGUAGCCUAUGAUGGAAAGGCAUACGAGUCCAGCUCCUACGAUUCACUGUCAGCCCCUGAACAUGCCAUUGAUGGUUCUACAGAUGCAUAUUAUUUACGUGGGCAUUGCACCCACACAAAGCUAGAAGUUAAUCCAUGGUGGAUGGUGGACCUGAGGGCCAGAUUUCGAGUACUCAGUGUUGCUGUCACCAACAGAGGAGAUUGCUGUGAGGAGCGGAUAGAAGGUGCUGAAAUCCGAAUUGGAGACUCAAAAGAAAGAGGAGGCAUUACAAAUCCUAGAUGUGCCACAAUUACCUCACUGGGUCCAGGUGAAACUCACAAAUUUGAGUGUGGUGAAAUGCCCGGACAAUAUGUGACUAUCACCAUCCCAGAUACAAACUCUUAUCUAACUGUGUGUGAAGUACAAGUCUUUGCGGAGCGCAUAAUUCCCCCAGUACCCAACGUGGCUCUUAAAGGGAAGGCCUUCCAGUCCAGUCUCUACCACAAACUAGGUCUUGCAGAACAUGCCAUUGAUGGAUCCACUGCAGUUGACUAUUAUCGUGGAUCCUGCACUCACACAGAACUUGAAGCGAAUCCUUGGUGGAUGGUGGAUCUGGGGGCAGAAUUUAAUGUGACAAGUGUUAGUAUUAGCAACCGGGAAGACUGCUGUGCAGAUCGAUUAAAUGUAGCUGAAAUCCGGAUUGGAAAUUCAGAGGAGAAUGGAGGCUUGAUAAAUCCCAGGUGUGCUGUGAUCACCGCAAUUGGUCCUGGAGAAACUGAAAAUUUUGAUUGCAAAGGAAUGAAGGGGCGAUAUGUUACAGUUACUAUCCCCAGAGUUCAGUACCUCACCCUGUGUGAAGUUCAAGUGUUUGGCGUAAAGGCUGAUUCCUCUGAAACCCAGGAUGUCUGAACUUAGAGUCUUCUAAGACUUAGAAGAAGAAAGCAUCAAAUCUAAAUCACUUUGGCAAGGUUUUUGUUUUCUCAAAAAACAAAACAAAACAAACAAACAAAAACACGAACCUAUGGUGCAUUCCACUCCCUUAUGCACAAUGGUUCUCUCCUGCAGAAACGGCCGUUUUCAAAAAUACUCUGCAACUGGGGCUCUUCCCUAUCACACCUUGAGAAUCUUUCUAACAUUGUUUGUGCAUAAACCUUAUUAGCA